UUUUUUUUUGUUUUUUUCUCCCUUGGGAGUUUCUCUUCUUUCUGAGUUUUUUUUUAUUUGAUCCUCUCAAUUUCUCUUGUUGGUUCAUCAACAAACUAGAUCUUAGUCCUCUCACAAAAGACUUGUUCCAAAUCUUUCAAAAACUAGGGUUUUUACUGUCUUGAAAUCAUAUUUAUUCUUCUAAUUUUAGCAAAAAGAACACGAUUUACUUUCCAUUUCAGUCGUCUUGUCACUCUCUCUCUCUUCUUUAAAGUCUCCCUUUUUAGCAAAAAAAAAUCUCUCUCUCACAAAUUUUUCCUCUGAGUUCUUCAUCUCCUCCUCAUCUCUUUCUUUGCUUUUAUUUUUAUCUUUCAUAAUCUCUCAUUCUUGAAUCUUGAUCUACCAAGAUCGAUCCUGAGGUUAUCUAAGCUAUCUUGCUUUUUAGGGUUUCCUUGUUGCUGUGAUGGCGAGAGAAAAGAUUCAGAUCAGGAAGAUCGACAACGCCACGGCGAGACAAGUGACGUUCUCGAAACGAAGAAGAGGGCUUUUCAAGAAAGCUGAAGAGCUCUCUGUUCUCUGCGACGCCGAUGUUGCUCUCAUCAUCUUCUCUUCCACUGGAAAGCUCUUCGAGUUCUGUAACUCCAGCAUGAAGGAAGUAUUAGAGAGGCAUAACUUGCAGUCAAAGAACUUGGAGAAGCUUGAUCAGCCAUCUCUUGAGUUACAGCUGGUUGAGAACAGUGACCACGCCCGAAUGAGUAAAGAAAUUGCGGACAAGAGCCACCGACUAAGGCAAAUGAGAGGAGAGGAACUUCAGGGGCUUAACAUUGAAGAGCUGCAACAGCUAGAGAAAGCCCUUGAAGCUGGUUUGACCCGCGUGAUUGAAACAAAGAGUGACAAGAUUAUGAAUGAGAUCAGCGAACUUCAAAGAAAGGGAGUGCAAUUGAUGGAUGAGAACAAGCGGUUGAGGCAGCAAGGAACUCAACUAACGGAAGUGAACGAGCGACUUGGCAUGCAAAUAUAUAAUAACGUGCAUGAAUCCGGUGUUGAUGAAGUGGAGAACGCCGCCGUGUAUGAGGAAGGACACUCGUCAGAGUCUAUUACGAACGCCGGGAACGGAGCUCCUGUUGACUCCGAGAGCUCCGAUACUUCCCUUAGACUCGGCUUAGCAUAUGGUGGUUAGAGAUGGAAACAAUACAAAGAAGUUGAAUGGUGGAGGGAGGAGAGUGAUGUAAAUCUUUCAACUCGGUAACAACACAAGAGACAAUAUGUCUAAAUAGUAAUAAUGCUCUUAUGUUUGUUUGAAGGUUUUCGUCUGCGGAAAAGGUUUUCGUUUUUUUUUUUUUGUGGUUUUCACUAUAUAUCAUCAUCUCUCUUCACUCUGCAUUUUUGGUUUGUGACGUCGUUUGUCACAACCAAACUGUAUCGACAUGGUAAGUUAGAAUAUGAGAUAUUGUAGAACUUAAGAUAAUUGCUUUAUCCUUUUCUCAGUGGAAACUGAGGAAUUUUCAAAAGUA